GGUCGUUGGUGUUCCUGUCUUGAGGUGUAUUCUGUUGUGUGUAUAACUGUUUUUUUCAAAACAAAAACUCCUCAUAAAAAUUAUUAUUAAGGUAGAAACUAAAUAAUUUCCAACAUAAGAGCAUCAUUUAAGACUUUAAUUUUAGUUUUCGCUAUGAAAGGCAAAACUCUUAGCUCUCAAUCACAGGGCUUGGUACUAUCCUUGCUGAAUUAUUUUCAACAAGAAAAGGAUAAUGGAGGCCUCUAUUACCAUUGUUAGCUGUCCAAGAGGUUUGUAAUAGUUAGAAAUAUGGUCAUAUGAUUGACAAUUUAUUCUAUAUUAUUUUUCAGAGGGUGGCUCAGGCACUAAGUAUCAGUUUGUCCACUAUUACCAUAAUACAGCGCCGUUUAUCAUCUAAUGAUAAUGUCCUAAGAUCACCUGGAAAGAAGAGACCCAGAAAAAAGUCUAAGACAACAGAUUUAUCUGAUGCAGUCAGGCAUAAUAUACGAGAUACAGUGUAUCAAAUGUAUAGUGAAAGUAAUGAUAAUGAGCAGAAACAUGUCACAAUAGCAAAUUUGAAUAAAACGCUUAAAGAGAAAGAGCUUGCUUCUAUCAGCAAUAGCUCUUUACAAAGAGUGCUGCCCACCAUAGGCUUUAAAUAUAAAAAAGAUGCUUAUGCUAAAAUGAAUAGUGGAUGGCAUGACAUGAAAUAG